AUUUUUUUUUGUUUAUCAUUAUCAUUAUAUAUUAUCACUAUCACACUAUCACUCAGGGUUUUGUUUUUGUUGCACUUACGUUGCAGUUGGUUGCAGGUUGCAGUUGUCUCGUUGUCUGUUCAAUUUUCAAUUAAUGUUUAGCUAGGUUUUCCAUUAUUUGUUAAAAAAUGUCAAGUGAUUCAGACGAGGAAGAGGUAUUGUUGUUGAUAGCAUUAUUGAAGAGAAAAAAACGUAAGUGGGUGGACAAUGUAAACCUAAAGAGACACAGAUAUGGAGAGUAUCACAGAUUAUGCAAAGAACUGGAAUCCAAUGAGGAUAGAUUUUAUUAUUACUAUAGAAUGUCCAAAGAUUGUGUGGAAGAGAUAUAUCUGGCAGUUAAGGACGAUAUUAUGAAACUGGAUACGACUUUUCGGCGUGCCAUAGGACCAAAAGAAAGACUCGCUAUAUGCUUAAGGUACCUGACUACUGGUGAUUCUUACCGGAUAAUUGCCGAUUCUUUUCGUGUCGGUCGGAGUACAGUGGGAUGCAUUGUAAAAAAUGUGAGCCGAGCAAUUUGGACUAAUUUAUAUCCCAAAUAUAUGCCUACACCAACUGAUGAUACAUGGAGGCAGUCAGAAAUUGGCUAUAGGGAGAACUGGAACUUUCCUAAUUGCUUAGGAUGUAUAGAUGGAAAACAUAUUGCAAUUAAAUGCCCCCCUAAUAGUAAAAAUAGGAGCAUUGAGUAUGAAAAUCCAGAUUCCAUCGUUUUAUUCACAAUCAUAGAUCCAUUUAACAAAUUUAUAAUAGUGGACGUAGGUGACUAUGGUGAUUUAUAUGAUACUAGAAUAUUCGAGAAAUCUGUACUCUAUCGCGAUAUUUUGAGUAAAAAGCUGUUAUUGCCGUCUAAGCCUCUUCCGGGAAUGGAAGAGUGUGUACCUCACGUCCUAAUAGGCAACGAAGGUUUUGUGAUACAGCGAUUUUUAAUGCGUCCUUACCCAAGAGCUGCAACUUUCAAUGACAAAUGUAAAAUGCAUUUCAAUGACCGAAUUUGGCAAGCGCGCAGUGUUGUUCAAACUACUUUCAAUAACUUAACAGAAAAGUGGCGAAUUUUUAACAGACCCAUUGAGACUAACGUCGAUAAUAUUAUGCACAUUGUCAAAGCAGCUUGUUGUUUACAUAAUUAUGUAAGUAUUAAACAACAAGGGCCAGUUUCAAUCGAAUCGCAAAUCACCAUAUCAAAUUUAUCAAAAGCACUCACUCCAAUAAGAUCCACUAAUCUACGUUCAUCUGUUGCCGUUUUUAAAGUAAGAGAUACCUUUGCAGCUUAUUUUUAUAAGGAUAUACUUAAUUGUGAUAAAUAAAGUUAGAUUUUUUUAAUA